ACUCAUUUAUUAAAUCUUGACACAUUAUUAAGAUCGAAAGUUCGGCUCGAGCUCAACUCUAAGAUAAUUUAUAAUAUAAAUACUCUAAUAUUUAUAUGUCAUAUGUGAUACAUGUGAUUACCUAAUGUUAUGUCAUAUAUGAGACGUAUUUGAUGACGUGUGCGCUGAGUUGGCAUCCUAAUCAGCGUAUUGCUAACAUAACUGACGGAAUCACUAACGCCGUCAAAGUUGUAACGAAAAUGACUUUAUUUGUCACACUAUCAUCCAAUUUUUAGGCUAUUUUGUAUUUUUGGAUAGUUAUAACUAUAUUUAUUACAAACAUGAAAAUUAUGGCUAUACCGGUGUAUUUUGCCAUUGGAAAUUGGGUUUUCAUCUUUCCUAUGGGCCUCGGCUCAAGCCUGCAGUGCCCAGGUUGCAGGCAAUGGUCUAAUAAAUAAAUUAGUUAAAAACUACAGAAAAAAGCGCCGAGCGCCAUCUCAGCAAUGAGAAAAGACACACUGCUUUUCCUCCAUUCUGCGUUGUCCACUUGUCGCUGCCUCAUUGGAAGUAUACGGCGCCACCCCCACUCUCUCUCUCUCUCUCCUCUUUUUCUUCUAUUCAUUCAGCUCUCUCUCGCUAAACCACGUUCGACGUUACCGCACGCGGGCGGAGGAAGAAGCAAACAACGGCGGAAGGCGAUCGGCGUCCGGCAGGCGGGGAAUAAAAAGGCCGCAAGGUAAACCAAAACGGCGUCAUUGUGCGGGGAGAGAGUCUCAGGAUAGCAUAAUUAAAGAUUGUAGCAAUUCCAUUCCGCCAUUAUCGCGGGGUAAAGAAGAAUUCAUCAAAGCUUUUACUUUCUGCCCCUCUGUGGAGAGCGGACACCACUGCUCCGCAAAAAUAUCCAUCUGCUUAGAGAAAAAUAGGCAAAAAAAGGAAAGAGAAGAACCGUUUUGGUUUCUCUUUCUCUCUCUCACAAUCCUCCCCCCAUGGCUUCCUGGUUCUGACCCUCUCGGAGGCCCCGUUCUGUGGUUCUUACAAUCCCCGUUCCCGCCGUCGUCUUACCCUUACGUUCCGAUCUCAUUCGUCGUCGCUUCUCUUAUUUUCCUGUUUUCUGAUCUGGUACCUUUUCCCCCUUCCUUCCGCGCGCUCUGCAUUUGUUUAAGUUUCUGCCCGGUUUUCCGUUUGAUUUUUGGCGUUUCGGUUUUUGGUUUUGCAGAGAGGUGAAGGUCUGUUUGGAUACGUUUGACAAUGGCUGCUCCGCCCGCCAGAGCUCGAGCUGAUUACGAUUACCUCAUAAAGCUACUUCUGAUUGGCGACAGUGGUGUGGGCAAGAGUUGCCUUCUUCUGCGCUUCUCUGAUGGCUCCUUCACUACUAGUUUUAUCACCACUAUAGGUAUUGAUUUUAAGAUCAGAACCAUCGAGCUUGAUGGCAAGAGAAUUAAGCUUCAAAUUUGGGAUACAGCAGGCCAAGAGCGUUUCAGAACGAUCACAACUGCCUACUACCGUGGAGCUAUGGGAAUUUUACUGGUCUAUGAUGUUACUGAUGAAUCAUCUUUCAACAACAUAAGAAAUUGGAUCCGCAACAUUGAACAACAUGCUUCUGAUAAUGUUAACAAGAUAUUGGUUGGAAACAAGGCAGACAUGGACGAAAGCAAACGGGCGGUGCCUACAGCAAAGGGACAAGCACUUGCCGAUGAGUAUGGGAUCAAAUUCUUCGAGACUAGUGCAAAGACAAAUCUAAAUGUGGAGGAGGUUUUCUUCUCAAUAGCAAGGGACAUCAAGCAAAGGCUUGCUGAUACCGAUUCAAGGACCGAGCCAACGACCAUUCGAAUCAAUCAAGGAGACCAGGCAGCUGGUGCUGGCCAAGAGGGCCCGAAAUCGGGUUGCUGCGGAUAAGUUACAGAAGGUCCCAGCUCGUAUGUUGUUGUGUAGGAUCCUGAAUCCAAAGUAGACCCUCCACCCACUUGGAUUGAAGGCAAAGCUAUUAGGGAAAUGCAACUAGUUACCUCUUCUCUGAUGACUACCAUGAGUGAUGAUGAACUCUUCAUUUCUUUGUUUAUUAUUCUCUUUUUUGGUCUAUUUGAUUACUAUUUUUUUUUUAAUUUUUAUUUUUUUUGGUUCUGGCGUUUUUGGUACAUGGCAAUGUAAUUUGUAUUUAGAGGAUGCUGUUUGACUUUCACAAUUUUCCCUCUUCUGAUUUUCUCUUCGACCAUCCCACUAAACUCAAGCUGGACAACUAUUUCAAAUGGUAAGAAAUUAGUACAUAUUAU